AUGAGUUGCUUAGCAUGGAACUGUCAUGGGCUUGGGAACCUACUUACAGGAAGAGAGCUUGUAGACAUUAUACCGGCAAAAGAUCCCUCUAUCGUGUUUUUAAUCGAAACUCUGACAGAUGAAGCAAGGCUAGACAUAGUUCAAAGAAACAUUGAUUUUGACCAUCAAUGGGUGGUUCCUAGGAAAGGAAGAGGAGGAGGGUAUGUUGGGCCGAAAUUUACAUGGUGCAGGAAUUUCAAGAAUGGCACUUCCAUUUGGGAAAGAUUUGAUAGGGGUUUGGCUACAAAUGAUUGGUUCCUUAAAUUUCCUGGUUCAAAGGUCCAUCAUCUACAAUGUGAUUCCUCGGAUCACUGCCCUCUCCUUGUUGUAUUGGCUCCGUUAGAUAUUUCAUCUCGAAAGAAACCUUUCUGGUUUGAGGAGAUGUGGUUGUCAAACCCGAGAUGUGGAGAAAUUGUCCAGGCUGCUUGGAAUCAGGGGUUUGGAGUGGAAAUGGAUAGAGAGAUUUUGGUGGAGAAAUGUGGCAAGGACUUGAUUUGGUGGAACAAGAAUGUGUUUGGUAGCGUUAAAAAAGACCUGGUCUGGAAAAAACAGUUGUUGAUUAGAGUUGAAUCUGAAGCUUUGCUCAAUGGAAAUAACUCUCGGGUUAGACAACUAAAAUCUGAGAUAAAUGAGCUCUUGGAUAGGGAAGCUCGCGUGUGGGCUCAACGGUCUAGGCUUCUUUGGGCCAAUCAAGGUGACAAGAACACAAAAUACUUUCACAAUUGUGCUACAAAAAGAUUCAGGAAAAAUCAGAUAGUGAAAAUUAGAGAUAAGCAGCAUGUUUGGAGGUAUAAUCCGGAGGAGAUUUCAUUAGUGGUGACCAACUACUAUGAGGAUCUUUUCCAUUUAGCUAGAUUAGAUCAGUCAAAUGGGGUAUUGGAUCAUGUUCCACAACUCAUAACUGAGGAGAUGAAUGCUUCUCUUAGAUGA